CUCAUUCAUUUCUACUCGGACAGAAACAUGGCGGAGUGGAGCUGUGGAGGUUGCGUUGGCUGAGCUGCUGGCGACUCGACCACAGCUCCGGUACACCCAGCCCCGGUGACCGGGGAACGGCCCGUGAAAGCAGGCCGAGGCUAACUUCCGACCGUUCUUUUGUUGUGAUUUUUCCCUCCGAGGGUGAGGCAAGCGGCGACCGGGAGCCACAAAAACAAGUCGGACAUGAACGGGGAAAUGGUUUGUAGCCCUCACGCCAUGACGGUUUUAAGCUGCACCAAGUCCAAACUGGCAGUUCGCAAUGACAAGAUGAGCUUCAGGCUGACACAGGAGGGGAAGUGCGCUCCCAUCUGCUCCUCGCAGAGCGACGCUCCGAGUCAGGUGGAGGGUCGGACACCAAGCUCCAGCAGCACCACGCAGAGGGCUGAUUUCACAGAGACAGAGAGCAGCUACAGCCAGCGCUCACCCUGCUGGUCCAAUGAACCACCGUCACCUCCGCAGCUCCACUGCACACUCCUUCGUCCUGCUCCCGAGCUCCCUCUGCCCCUCGGUAACAGUUUAUCUCAGUCUCCGCUUCACGCCAGCAACAACGGCGGCGCGCUCCACAGCCUCCAUAGGAGAGGAGUCCGGACAAAGGUCACAGGAAAGAGAUCUACUCGGGCUUUAACGACAGGAGGGAAAAACUCUCAGAACAGAAAAGUCACCGACUUCUUUCCAAUAAGACGGAGCUCAAGGAAAAGUAAAACGGAACUGAAGUGUGAACAGAAGAAGCUGAUAGAUGAUCUCAUCGCUAAUGGAAUAGAGGAAGGAAUGAAGGUUCAGCACAUAGAAGGGAAGGGGAGGGCGGUGUUUGCCACACGGAGCUUCCAGAAAGGCGAUUAUGUGGUGGAGUACCACGGAGACCUGCUGCAGAUCACCGACGCAAAGAAGAGGGAGGCUGAAUAUUCUCAGAACCCCUCCACAGGCUGUUACAUGUACUACUUCCAGUAUCUCUGCAAAACAUACUGUGUGGACGCUACGAAGGAGACGGGCCGGAUGGGCCGGCUGAUAAACCACAGCAAAACUGGGAACUGCCAAACCAAACUCCACGACAUCAAUGGCGUCCCCCACCUCAUCCUCGUCGCCUCUCGGGACAUCGACAAGGGGGAGGAGUUACUCUACGACUACGGAGACCGCAGCAAAGCCUCCAUCGCUGCUCACCCCUGGCUCAAGUCCUAAUGGGAGGAGCCUCAAAACAAAGACAAACAAACAAACAAACCGUAAAGGGAAACACUCGGCAAGGCGAGUUUCCUUUAGCUAGUGUGUAGAUGCCUUAGAAACAGAAUGUGUGUACCCUGUUGGUUGCUAUAUAAGGAAUACGGGGGAGGGGGUGACUGAUGCAAAGUCCAUCUUUAUAGGACUUGUCUUCUUUUAUUUGUGUCUCUAAAACAUUCUAGUUGUUUUGCAGCACAUUUCCUUUGUACGUUUUUGUACUCAGACCAAUGCCUCUACAGCAUGCAGGUGGUAGUUGAUGCUCUGCAUUUUUAUACAGGUUUGUUUUUUUAAGUAGAUGUUAGAAACUUAGCAAUACUUCUGUGUUCGGCUCCAGAGAUCCUUCUGGAUCAACGGGAACCACGAGAUGCAAAAGAAACUCUUUUUAAGGAAGAAUGUUCUGCUCAAGUGGAUCAUCCAGACAGUCGGCCACUGUUGGAGGCUGUGGGAGCUUCUAAAGGAAAAAUAAACACCUGUUGAAAGCUCCAAAUGUGACGCAGGCUUGUGUUGAACAUGCAAACUCAGAAUAACCGGUAUAAACCUUUUGUUUUUUUAAGAGUAUAAUGUAUUUUUAAUAUUAUGGAGAACGCUUACAUUUGAAUUCUCGUGUAGAAAAUGUUCAAAUAAUUUAAACGUUUCUGCAAAUGGCUGCAGAACGACCUGCUGUAACUGCUAAUGUGUCUGAUUAAAUCUCUGCAGAUCUGUA